AUGAUCAUCCGCGAGGACUAUCGUCUUGAGCGGGCUAAGAGUGGACGUGCUGAUGCCGAACACAAGCGUAUCUUACGUAGUCCGCCCGACUUCUCGGCACUCCAUCGCAGCAUUCUCUGUUGGAAUUACAACCAUGAAGGCGAUCGACCUCCAGCACAGCCCGGUAAGGAAGCCGCCUAUCGACCCAUCCAGCCGCACUUUGCUAAUGCCAACGAGUAUGGCCUUGUGCUUAAACCUCUUCUGCUGCUCGAAUGCUGGGCGCAGUUCCGUCGAGCCAAGGAGGAAGCCGACACCAACAAUGAGCCCGGCAUCCCUCUCGAAGUGACUCGACGAUCUACGGUCGGCAUGUUUGUCAAUGUCAACUUCUACAUUCCACCUGACGUGCUGCCACCGGCGACCAACUACUACUAUGCCGAGAUUGUACGACUCCAGGAGAGGACGCCAGCCAUCUCGGGCAAGGAGGCCAAGAUCAUCUUGGCCAAAGUGCAGGCGUUCAAGCGACAUCCUGGAGGUCAUCAGCUGACACUUCGAUGCUGUUUGGCAGAUGCCCGCCAAGGUGUCAGCGACGCGCUGGGCAAACAAUCCAAGUGGCAAGUCAAGAAGCUCUUCUCGCUCACUACGCUGGAUCGAGAGUAUGGCGCGCUUAUGGUCGCUCCGCACUUGGAUCUAUUUAGCGAUAUCAUCAAGGGACGUGUCGCACCCAAGGCGACGCUUGCAGCUGAAGAGGUGCGCAAGGCGAUGCAAGAGUAUCAAGUCAACGAGCCGCAAGCGCGAGCCAUUCUUGGCUCGUUGGCAACUGAAGGCUUCUCCCUCAUCCAGGGUCCUCCAGGUACAGGUAAGACCAAGACCAUCUGUGCCCUCAUUGGCGCCUUUGUCUCUCGCCAGAAAGGUCCUUCGACGUCCGUGCAGGCUGGACAGGCGCAGGGCAAGGUCGAUGCGACGAAGAAGAUCUUGUUGUGUGCACCGAGUAAUGCAGCCAUCGAUGAGGUGGCGAAGCGUGCUCGAGCCAGCAUCCGCCUACUGGAUGGCAAAGUCAUUCACCCCAAAGUCGUUCGUGUCGGACGUGAGGAGGCGGUCAAUGUCAGUGUCAAGGACAUCUCGCUCGAGUACCUCGUCGAGCAGCGGCUGAAGGCAGACGGUGUCUUUGAUGGCAAUCGUAACAUUGUCACUGCAGCCGACCUAAGCGCCUUGCAUGCCGAGAUCCACCACCUCAAGAUGCAACGAAAACAGAAGCAGAACAAGCUGUCUCAGGCUCGAAGAUCGGGUGAUAAAGCAUUGGCGACGCAACUCAAAGCCGAGAUCCGCAACUUGUCCGCCAAUGUCAAGUCGAAGUUUGAUGAGGCCAAGGGUAAGCAGAAGAGCCAGCAUCGUCAGCUCGAAGCUCUUCGUAGGCGAGCCAGGCUAGAGAUCCUGGGCGAAGCCGAUGUGAUCUGCACAACUUUGUCGGGUGCGGGUCACAAGAUGCUCAGCCGUGUCGCCUUUGACUUUGAGACGGUUGUCAUCGACGAAGCAGCACAGGCUGUCGAGUUGAGCACGAUCAUCCCGCUUCGAUACGGAUGCAAGCAGUGCAUCAUGGUCGGUGAUCCGAAUCAGUUGCCACCCACAGUCAUUUCACAGCAAGCCGACAAGCUGGGCUAUUCGCAGUCGCUGUUCGCGAGGAUGUUCGAGCGUGCACCUCAAGAGGUGCAUCUACUCAGCAUUCAGUACCGUAUGCAUCCCGAGAUCUCGCUCUUCCCUGCGAAAGCGUUCUACGGCUCGAAGCUGCAAGAUGGACCCGAUAUGGCCGAAUCGACACACCAGCCUUGGCAUAGAUACGAGCUGACGCGACCGUUCAAGUUCUUGUCGACGAAAGCACCCGAGUCGCCUGGUCCCUUCCAUUCAAUCAUCAACAAGGAGGAAGCCAACGUCGCUCUAGCUCUGUACGGGCGACUGCGAACCGACCAUGCGCAAGAGAACUUUGACUAUCGAAUCGGUAUCGUCACCAUGUACAAGGCGCAAGUGUUUGAGCUCAAACAGACGUUCCAGCAACGCUAUGGAAAGGACAUUGUCGAGCGCAUCGACUUUAACACGGUCGACGGUUUCCAAGGUCAAGAAAAGGACAUCAUCAUCUUGAGUUGUGUCCGUUCACUGCCCAAGCCGAGCAGCAUUGGUUUCUUGAGGGAUGGUCGACGUCUCAAUGUCGCUGUCACCCGUGCCAAGAGCAACCUGUUUAUCAUCGGUAAUGCUGAACAUCUGCGUCGAGGCGAUGCGAUCUGGGAGAGCUUAGUAGCUGCGGCUGAACAGCGUGAAGCGGUGCAACCCAUCACGGUAGCAUUGCUGCAGAAGGAAAAUCGCACUCUGGCCAACAACUUUGUUGCUAUCGAGUCGAAGAAGCCAGCUACAGCUGCAAAUCCUAGCACGACUCGGUCGACUACAGCAAGACCUCUGUCUCCGCCUCCAAGUGGUCCACUGCCAGCUCUUCCUUCCGGACCUCCUCCAGGUUCACCUCCCGCUCGACCGCCGCCAUCGACUGCUAGGCCGCCUGUGCAAAACCCGGGCACUUCGUACACCCCUCCACCGGACAAUCAGGGCAAUGGCGCCGUGAGGAAGAACAUGCAGAGCCCAAAUGGCAAUAUUAGCAAGGUCGAUGUUGAGCGACACUUGCGAAAAGAGGAUAUGGUGGUAGGAGGGAGAGAUGAGUGCGAAGCAAAACAAAGCUUAUAA